GUGGAUCUGUAUGGAUCAGUGUGGAUAGGACGCCGAGCGCCUCCUCCUGCUGCUCCUGAGUAACACGUUAUAACCUGGUAUAAUGCAGAUGUGCGACUCCAGCUGUGUGUCCUGACAGUACGAGACUCGGCGGUUUAUUGAAUAACGGGGACUGGAGGAAACCGAGUGCGUGUGGAGUGUUACUGAUGAAGAUGAUGAGGAUGUGUACACUGCUGCUCCUGCUACUCUGCUCCUAUCUCACAACCAGUCUCGUCCACUCAGGUUCAGAGCUCUCUGUACCUCAGAUUGUGUCUGUAGAGAAGGACCUGAAGUCUCAGACGUUGAUGAUGUCAUGGCGGAGUGAAGCCUCACAGUUUGAUGUGGAGAUCUAUCACACUGAACUCAUGGAGCUCGUCCUCAACGAGAGUGUGUGGGUGGAAGCGGAUCCCAAGACGGGGAGAUGUGAUUGGUCGUGGCGCCCGGCCCUGCCGCUCAACUGCACCUCCCUCUCCGUACACGUCAGAGCUCGACACGUGGACUCUGUAAGCCAGUGGAGCCCCCUGCUGACCCUCCCCGGUAUGGACGUUCCGGACCAGCCCAAGGCUCAGCUGUACCCUCAGGACCCUGUGCUGGAGGUGGGUGGGAACGUGACGGUGUGCUGCAUCACUUCGGAGGGCGAGACCUUCAGUAGUUUGGGAUAUGGGAGGCAGAACGUAGCUGCGGUCAGACUCAGCCGCAGAAGUUUCAGCACCACCAUCACCAACCUGCAGAAGUCCUCCUACACCGGCACCAACGUUGUCUGUCGCUCUGACACCAACCUUCUGACCGGCACCGUGCUCUUCAUCGGCUAUCCCCCAGGUGAUGAGGGUCUGCAGUGUGAGACGAGAGAUCUACAGUCAGCUGAGUGUCGCUGGAGCAAAGGACGAGAUACAGGCUUCCAGAAACUAUGUUUACUCACCACAUACACACUGAAUAACAGAAAUUGUACAGUGGGCAGAAAUGAAAGGAAGCAGUGUCGUUCUGAGCGCUGGGAGAAGAGCUGGACUCUGGUGGCCAGUAAUCCCCUGGGAAUGGUCCAGCUGUCUGACUCUGCCCCCAUCGAUCAGCGCAUACGUCUGUUGGCUCCGGUAAAUGUGAUGUCUGAUGCUGAAGCGUGGAAGGCUGGAGUUGGGUGGAACUGGACGGUGGAGGCGUAUAAAACACUGCCCCUCCUAUGUGAAGUGCAGCUGGAGAGUGGAGGUCAUGUCCAUACUCGUAACUACACCGGAGUGGGCCUGUCCUCUGUGGUGUUGGAGAGGUUAAGGCCAGACACUGAGUACUCGUUUUCUAUUCGCUGUGCAUCGCUACACUAUUUCUGGCGUUGGGGAGACUGGAGCGCCCCCUACAGCCUGCACACACACAUGGAUAGACCUGAAGCUCCAGAUAUAUGGGUGUGGAGGACCAGUGAAAACACAGCUCAAGUGAUGUGGAAGUCUUUCUCUCCCUGGGACAGUCAUGGAGCUCUGACAGCAUAUGAAGUAUCUAAGAGAGACGGAGAGAAAGACAGCUGGACGACUGUGUCUUUGUCCCCGAGUGUGUCCAGCACUCCCAUUAGUCUGAGCAACAGCAGUGAUGUCACGGUCACCGUAGCAGCGCGGAACUCGGUCGGUCUCUCUCAGCGCAGCACCCUCACUGUCCCACAGUACACUGCAGACUCUGAGUUGGCAGUAUCUAAACUGGAGCGUAAUGAAGGAGGUUUAAUCGUUUCCUGGAACAGCAGUCACAGCUUCACACAAGGCUACGUGGUGGAGUGGAUGCCCACCUGCUGCUCCGCCUCCACCUGCUCUAUCCAGUAGAGAGUUUCCUCCUCAAACACCAGCAUCGUCAUCAAAUCAGGAACUCUGGACCCUGGAGUCCAGUACACAGUCUCCAUUUUCACUUUGCUUCCAGAAGCUUCUGUCCUGCUGCAGAGACAUUACGGAUAUGGGCAUGAAGAGGUUCCUGCUCUGUCUGUAGGAGAUUUCUCUGCUCUGCAGUCAGGGUCAGAUGUUGUUCUCUCCUGGACUCCUGUUCCUGUAUGUAAGCAAAAAGGCUUCAUACUGGGAUACACUGUUUACCUGGCUGACGCCUCCAACCUCAACCUCAUAGCUAAUCUGAGCGAUCCUGCACUGAGCUCAUACACAGUAAAGAAUCUGCCUCUGGGCUCCUACAAGUUCAUGGUAAGAUCCUACACUUCAGCAGGAGAGGGAAUGGAGUCCACCACUGCCAUCAAGACCGAGUCUGACACGGAUAUGAUGAUGGUGGAGAUCCUGGUGGCGUUGGCACUAAUGACCCUCUGCUUCAUCGUCAUCGCUGUCUUCUGCUACAAGAAGAGAAUGUGUGUGUGUGUGUGUGUGUGUGUGUGUGUGUGUGCAGACUCUGAGUUGGCAGUAUCUAAACUGGAGCGUAAUGAAGGAGGUUUAAUCGUUUCCUGGAACAGCAGUCACAGCUUCACACAAGGCUACGUGGUGGAGUGGAUGCCCACCUGCUGCUCCGCCUCCUCCACCUGCUCUAUCCAGUGGGAGAGAGUUUCCUCCUCAAACACCAGCAUCGUCAUCAAAUCAGGAACUCUGGACCCUGGAGUCCAGUACACAGUCUCCAUUUUCACUUUGCUUCCAGAAGCUUCUGUCCUGCUGCAGAGACAUUACGGAUAUGGGCAUGAAGAGGUUCCUGCUCUGUCUGUAGGAGAUUUCUCUGCUCUGCAGUCAGGGUCAGAUGUUGUUCUCUCCUGGACUCCUGUUCCUGUAUGUAAGCAAAAAGGCUUCAUACUGGGAUACACUGUUUACCUGGCUGACCUGCGUCGGUCUUCCGGGGUAAAGAAGGCGUUCUAUCCUGAGAUUCCAGGCCCCAAGCUCACAGGGGAUUGGUCUGCUCCACCGGGUCCUCUGGACUUGAAGCCCCCCCCACACAGUCUGGUGCACAUCGUGGAGAGUCCGGAUAAGGAGGGGCUGGUCGUGAUGCCAGGUGGACAGGAUGAAGGUCGCCAUGACGACGAGGACUCUAACCAGAAUGUUGACGUGGACAUAGACUCUGAUGAACCUGCGCUGCUGCGCUACUACAACCAGCUGGUGAGCGACACCUCCGACUGCUCCACCAGCUCCACCGACUCGGUGCAGACGCAGGUGACCUACACUGGAAUCCAAAGCCCCGCCUACCGACCCCAGACUCAGCCUGAGUGUGCAUUGGAGGCGGAGCCCCAGGAGCAGAGCCCCAGCGUGGGCUACAAGCCACAGUGCACAUGGAGGCCUGAGUCCUCGGAAAACGAAAACUUGUGUGAGUCGCUGGGAAGCCCCACCUCUGUGACGUCCUCCCAGUUCCUCAUCCCAGAAUCUUCAGAGGAACAUCCAGAGUCUUCAGGAAGCUGGUUCCAGAACCUCCUCUCUGGCAAAUUCUAAUUAGCUUUAUCGUUUAGCUUUAGACUUCACUGCUCCUCAGUCAACGGCAUUAUGGGAUGUGUUUCUCAAAAUCUUCUCCAUCUUUGUUCUUCCUGUCGAGAACUUUUAGCAUUCAGGACACUUCUGAUUCUCCUCAGUAACCCUGAACUCCCUUUAGGACGAGGUGAGCUGGAAUGGAGCAGCGAGGGAGAUGGACAGAGCUCUGUUGAUUAUUAGAUUAUAACACUGCUGUAGUGCAGAACCUCGUGAGAAACAUCUAAAACGCUAAUGUAGCUAACAUAUUUAUCAUCAGGCUAACCUGUCUUCCUGAGUGUGUUAGUGUUUUUGUUUGAGCUGUGUGUAUAUACAUCUGUCCUGUAGAGGGCGCUGUGGCGUUUAUUUACCCAUCAUGCAUUGUGACUCGUGUGAUGCUGGGGGGGGCGGGGGUGCUCAGUCGCUCAGGAUUGGUAUAAGCUUAUGGAUUUGAUGGCAUUAUGAGGCUCACACAUACGAUGGACUUCCUGUGUUUCACUUCUGCACUUAUUUUAUUAUCUCUUUUUACCAGGUGACUUUAUGUUCAUAAAAUAAUCAGAUUAUUAUCUUCAGCUUCUGUACUGCACACACACCGAGUUUCUCACUUUCUCUCCACAAUCUUCUCAAUGAUCUGAGAAAACGUUCUGGAACACAGAGCUCAUCAUCUUUAUAGCUGCAUUGUGCAGGAGGACGCGUUUACGUGUGUGUGUGUGUGUGUGUGUGUUAGCAAAGAAAUGCCAUUAGAUCAAACCCAUCAUCUCAGCCAACAUUGCAAGUCUGUGUGUGUGUGUGUGUGUGUGUGUGUGUGUGU